AGGAUAAGACUUAAGAGAGAGUCAGUCAGACUCAGAGACAGAGAGGGAGCUAAAAGUGUUUUGGUGGCUUUGUGGUGUCUGCCGCCAGUCUUUUUUCUUUUGCCAGUGCCAAAAGGACAAAACACAAAUUAGGGAGUGAAGGAGAUGGGUGCGAUAAAGGCGGCAAUCGGGGACGCAAUACUGACAUUCAUGUGGGUAUUUCUCUCAUCAACCAUGGGUGCAAUGACUGCGCUGAUAGCCACAGCUCUCGGUUUAGAAACCCUUGUCUGGCCUUCUGUCUUAAUCACCACCUCCAUCAUCUUUGUUCUCGUCUUCAUCUUCAACUUCAUUGGGGAUGCCUUGGGUGGCGCCAGCUUCAAUCCCACCGCCACUGCCUCCUUAUAUGCCGCCGGUCACGGCCCCGACACUCUCUUCUCCAUGGCCCUCCGCUUCCCUGCUCAGGCAGCGGGAGCUGUGGGUGGUGCCUUGGCAAUCAAGGAGGUGAUGCCGAAGGAGUACAAGCACAUGCUUGGUGGGCCUUCUCUCAAAGUUGAUUUGCAAACUGGAGCUCUUGCUGAGGGAGUCUUGACUUUCCUCAUUAGUUUUGCUGUCCUUUUAAUUGCACUCAGGGGUCCUCGUAGUUCCUUUGUGAAGACGUGGUUGCUUGCCGUGGCCACCGUAGCAUUAAUGCUUGCUGGCUCUAAUUACACCGGGCCUUCCAUGAAUCCUGCCAAUGCCUUUGGUUGGGCAUAUGUAGACAGUUGGCAUGACACAUGGGAGCAGUUUUAUGUCUAUUGGAUCUGCCCCUUUCUUGGAGCAAUAUUGGCUGCUUGGGUCUUCCGGGUUUUCUUUCCCCCACAACCACAAGUGAAAAAACAGAAGAAAGCCUGAAGGGGCACAAGUAUCUUAUCUGCUCAUGCACUUAGUAGAUAAGCUUUAUGUUAAUGUAAUGAGGACCUUUAUUUUUAUUUCCCCUGCCAUUUUCCUUUUCUUUGGUGCUACCUUACGAGCAGUGUUGGGACUCUCAUCAGGUUAUAAACUAAUAAUUCAAUCUGUCCAGAUUAGGAAGUGAAUGUUUGCUGCCUGUA